GUGUUUGUCUUUAUUCGUUAAAUGUUCAUGUGAUAUUAUGUCCUAAUAUAUUGGAAUACAUUAUGUAGCCUAUUGGCCAUUGAUAUUUAAACCAGUGAAAAGUAUUGACCAUUGAGUGAUAUACUAAUGUUCAUUGAUAAAUACCUUUUAAGGUGCAUUUUGGAUUAUCUCCGGUCAAUCAACAGAAACUACAGCCCCCAUAGUUCCUUGCAAAAUCUCACAGACUCAGUUGCUCUGAAAUGCAUUCAACUAAGCAACAGCGCGCACACGAGUUCAGUCGGGGAAGAAUUUAGAGGUAGGUUUUUACCUACUUUCCUUGUCAAUGUACAAAGUUGUAUGUACAUUGUUUAAAACCCAAUUAUUGGUGUCAACUUCAGCUAGCUAACAAGUUCACCAAUGUUCCCUGCAAUAAGAUAAUAUUAACUCGCAUGAUGGAGCUAACAUUAGCUAGAUAGUGUCAGCUACUAUAGGCAGUUAGCUAAAUUGUAUAGGCUAUUUGAUUUUAGCUGUAGCUAGCUCUCUGACAUUGUUCACUAGCAAGGGGUUUAUUAAAAUAAGCUCCUACCUCUUCCAGACAAGCUUAGCUACCUUUAGCUAACUAACGUUAGGUAUUCCAGACUGGAAUCUGGUUAGCUAACGUAACUAGUUAGCUAACAUUGAAUAUGGCUCGUGCCAGCCAUGCGUGCAGAAGUUGCACCCCUGUUUUAGCGAAUACUUUUUAAAGUAACUAUGUCUGGUCUCACGCAUGCAGCAUUGCAAUUACAAAUCUUUCUAACCAUGGUAAACGUUACACAAGUCGUUCGUUGUGAAUCCAUUUUUUCGGAGUGUGUCAACCCCAAGUUAAUAAAUCAUCCCAACAGAGAACAACAAAGUUAUCAUACACUGACUGCACCCAAAUAAUACUCGUUACCUGACAGCUCAGAUCUGUUAGGGUCGUUGUUUACCAUGGUUGUUACUAUAAUACGUGUGAUUUGAUGUCACUGCCCGGGAAAGGACCGCUUUGGACAUAGGGAGUUUGGUUGAGCACCAUCCCACAAAAUAAUGAAGAAUAAAGCACUCUGUCAGAAAACAAACUUUGAGUGACUAUUUGCAAACAUUAUUGUAUUUUACAGGUUCAAACAGACCAGAGGUCCAGCUGUAAACUAGCUUGCUUUCAAUUAUUGUUAAUCCAUGGAAUGGAGCAAAGGUUGACCUUCUCUCAUACAUAGAGUAUCAAAAUGGCUGCAGGUAGCACUUUAACUCCAUGUUCGUCAUUGUAAAAGGUUUCCCUCUCACCCCCUCUAAUGUUUAACACUGGAUCCUUUGUGGAACUUGUAAGGAAGAGUGCUAACAGGAAUCUCUACUCAUUGUCUGCUUAGAACAUCUGAAUUGGUGGUUUAGGCCCUACUCUCUGGUUUCUAUGAAAAUUCCUAUACCAAGCCUCUUCACUAUAGCAAUACCACUUAGUCAUUUGAUACAGUCAGAGGUAGACUUGGGACCCCAGUGUCCACUGUCAGGCCACUACCAUGGUGGGCAAAGACGCUAUGGUGAGUGGGGACAGGGCUGUGGAGGAAGAGGCUGAACUGGACCUGAAGGAGACCUCCCCUGGAGAGCCUGACCCUGAGAUGGCUCUUCCCCCACCCGAGGACCCCUCAGACGGCCAGACCAAGACCGCCCGGACCUGGGAGUUGUCGGUGGUGUUCCUGUGUUUCUAUGGGUUUAUGGUGCAGCUGAAGCCUGGGGAGCCCUUUAUAACACCAAACCUGCUCAGCAUGGAGAAGAACUUCACCAGGGAACAGGUGACCAAUGAGAUCAACCCGAUCCUGUCCUACUCCUACAUGGCGGUGCUGGUGCCAGUCUUCCUCCUGACAGACGUCCUGCGUUACAAGCCCGUCCUGGUCCUCUCCAGCCUCAGCCACGUGGCCAUCUGGCUCCUCCUCCUCCUGGGUUCCUCCCUCUUAGAGAUGCAGUUCAUGGAGUUCUUCUACGGCAUCACCAUGGCAGCACGCGUGGCUUACUCCUCCUAUAUAUUCUCCCUGGUCACCCCAGAGCUCUACCAACGUGUGGCCAGCUACUCACGCUCUUGCGUCCUCAUGGGGGUGUUUGCCAGCUCGGUGCUGGGCCAGCUGCUGAUAUCUGUGGGCAGGCUCUCCUUCGCCAUGCUCAGUGCUGUCUCCUUGGCCUUGGUGUCCUUCGGCCUGGUGCUCUCCUGCUGCCUGCCCUGGCCCAAGAGGUCCCUGUUCUUCAACAGGGCCCACCACGCUGCCCAGAGGAACCUCCAGGAGCAGGCUGCUGCCCAGUCGGAGCUGGCCAGGAUGAAGCAGGGCGAAGCUGGCCUGGGUUCAGGUGACACACCCUCCCUGGCCCCUCUCAGCUCUGGUUCCUCCUGGAGGGACUCAGUGUUUAUUCAGAUGCUGAAGGAGCUGAGGAACGUGCCGCGGAGGCCCAGCCUGAGACUGUGGAGCCUGUGGUGGGUGUUCAACUCCGCUGGCUACUACCUGGUGCUGUUGUACGUCCAUGUCCUGUGGAACAAGGUGUACCCCGCCACGGAGAACAAACACGUCUACAACGGAGGGGUGGAGGCUGUCUCCACACUACUGGGUGCGAUCACGUCAUUUGCAGCGGGCUUCGUGAAGAUCCGCUGGAACGUGUGGUCUGAGCUGGUGAUCGGCGUCAUCACGGCUCUACAGGCUGGCCUGCUGCUCCUCAUGGGGACCACCAGCAACAUCUGGGUCUGCUAUGUGGCCUACUCCCUCUUCAAGGGUUUCUACCAGUUCCUCGUGCCCAUCGCCAUUUUCCAGAUCGCCUCCUCGCUCACCAAGGAGCUGUGUGCCCUGGUGUUUGGGGUCAACACUUUCCUGGCGACCGUUCUGAAGUCCAUCAUCACCCUCAUCGUCUCUGACAAGAAGGGUCUGGGACUAGACGUGCACUCCCAGUUCCUGGUCUACUUUUUCUACUUUGCCUUGCUGACGGUUAUCUACCUGGGCUGUGCUGCCUGGGUCAUCAUUCGCCACUACAGGAACCAAUUGGCAGGAGGUGGAGGGGACACCGACCAGGCCACGCCCACUGAGCUAUGUCCCGUACCAUCAAACCCCUCAGAGACGGAACCUCUGUCCAAUGGGAACAACGUGAAGGGCUGAAAGGAUAUUCUGGAAUGUUGGCAGUGAAGCCCUUUAUCUACUUCCCCAGAGUCAGAUUAACUCGUGGAGACUAUUUUUAUGUAUCUGUG